GCGACAUUGACAAGGACGUUAGAUCGCCUGACCAAAAGAGCUAUGCUACAAUUUUGAAAAAUGAAUUUAAGUGGUUAUGGACUCCGUCUCCGCUGCAACCAGCCCUGUCUCGGUUGGACAUCGUCACUGUAGCUACCCACAGAACUCCGUCUUCUCAGUGGUUAAGGACUCCGUCUCCGCUGCAGUCCGACGGUGGACUAUUACGCAUUGGAAAGAAGACUGCUGUUAAGAUUAGGAAGGCCCAGAAUAAUAAAAGUCUUCGUGUCGUUACCACCCACCUGUCAGAGACAACACCAUUUUCUGUCGCUAACCGGAUGCUUAAAGGUGAUGGAGAGUCCCAAGAAGCUCAGGCAAAUGCUGUGGCAUCGAGUAGCUCUGUAGCAUUGCCUUCGUUGUCACCUAUACCAAAGGGUGAGAUGCAAGGAAAUACAAAAAACGGAAAAAUGGCAAAGAUGGUGGGUGACAUGAUAGUUGAGGACCUAGCCACGGCAACGAAUGCAUGUGUUACUCUUAUGAAGAAACUAGCCAUGUUUUUGGAAUGGAAAGGCAAUCGUCAAUGGUGGAAGAAAUAUUAUUACUUUGAGCUCAUAACUUCUCCAAAUUGUCGGUCGCGAACAGUACUUGAAGGCAAACCUCCACAAGUUGGGGUAUCUGAUUCAGGAUGUAGUAUGAGUACCACGAAUGAGUCGCCAGUAUCUCCUCCUUUGUCGUCAUUGGCGUUGGCAUUUUCACCUGCACUUGAUCGGCUCCGAUGCUUGAAAGCAGCUCAAAAGUUGUAUGACAACGCGCCAGUGGCUGUCAAGCAAGGAUCAAUCCGAUCAGGACCUAGCUGA